AUGUCGGAGAAAGAGGAGCGAUGGUGGUGGGACCUGGAAUGGACCAUCGAACAGCUCGAACAAUCCGUGAAAGACUUCCCGCGAAACAUGCUCAAACUGACAUCACCUGUAAUCAUGUUCCUUCGCCAAAACAACGAAAAGGCACUCAUACGUCCGUUUCGUAAGAUAUUUCCCGAGGUUAAGGAGAGCCUGCUCGACUGCCUCUGCGCUGUCUUGAUUGCACGCAACCACCUCGUAUCAUUACCGUCUAGCAGUCGAGGAGUGAGCAACUCAUCGCAUCGGUCGGCCUUUUCCCGCCUGGAUACAGUCCCGGAAAGAGCAUAUGCAGCCACGGCCGUGCAAUUUUCUCCGGGGUCACCCUCGUCUAUCAAAGACCGUUUUCUGGGGCCUCGGACUGCAGAACUACGUACCGACCUUGACCGAAUCGUGGACAACCUACUGUUUGCUAUAUGUGGCCGGUCUGAUGAAAUUCUGAAGUCUGCUGUGCUUGUUCUAGCUCAAGUUCUCGAGACUAAGACAUAA